AUGCCUGACUUUCAGCAAGAUGUCAUCCCAGGUGUUCAGGUAAGUAAUUUGUCAUGUUCCAAGAUGGAUAUUGGUGCGAUGAGUGGCACGUUCAACUCCUCGCUCUGGUCUCUGGAAACAAAGAAUUCCUCUGAUCUUGCAUGCGCUGUCACAGUGAAUAUGAGCAAUACAAUUUAUCUGGUGAAUUCUGAUGUGGCUAUUGAACCUUCUCAGAUAUCUCUCUCCAAGGUUGUGGACGACACCUGUUACAGUGUAAACAGUACUGUAAAUACCUGUAACACCAGUCUAAAAAUUGGAAAGGUAAAGUUACAACCACCCAAUUCUUUAAUUGAGAGACUUAUUGAAAGGAUGAAGGGUUUAAUUCAGGAUCAGUUGAAAGACCUUGUGUGUGGUUCAGGAAUCAAAUCUCUUCAGGAGGAGUUGCAGAACCACACAUUGGCUCCACCAGAACCACAUCCCCAACUUAACCCUAACGCCACACCAUUGGAGGGCAGUAUGCUGUUUCGAACACUUGUUAAUGUGAUGAACAAGGCUCCAUCAAUUUUGGGUAUUCGCUUUGGUGCAUCACUUCACGCUGGCACCACAUUGCAUUUGAAUUUGGAUUUUUCCAAUGGGUUGAUUUUCGAACUCGACGAUUUCACUGAGUUGGAGUCCUUUGUAGAGAAGUUGGUGGGUAUUCUUAACAUGUUGGAACUUGGGAAACUUGCCGAGUACUUGUUGGAGCACCUUCCGGUUAUUGAAGGUGCUUUCGUUGGGGUUAAUAAUCCACAACCCUUCAGUGUUUCUCUGGAAGUUUCCUUUAAUGAUUUUCAGUGUGACGCCGAUGGUUUUUACUGCAGUGUGCCGCGUUCUGGUGGUAUCAUUCUGGGAAAUAUUCGAACUAAAAACCUUGGCGAAUGGGAUCGUCUCAUCGUAAACAAUUUGGGGCCAUUUUCUGCCCCACUAAUAAACCACGCUAUUGAGGAAAUCUUGGGUUAUAUAAAUGCUACAGGUACCCGUUUCUACAUCCCCAUGAUGGAACUGGCUGAUGCGCAUACGGUUCCACCCACUCCUCUUUUGGUGUGCAUGAUAAUUGUGGUUGUAAUUCUUAUUGCCGGCACUGUUGUAUACACUAUCUGGCGCUACCAGCGCACAUCAGUUACCACAAAAGAGGGUGUUAAAGUGUCCUUGAAACGUGUUUUAAUUGAAGAUCUUCUCUUAAUGGGAAUGUGUGCUUUAACCGCAUUUGGUUUUACGUGGUCAAACGCCACCACUGCUGCUACUUUGACAGUUGGUGGCGAGAUGCACUUCAUGUCCUUCUCUCUUAUGGAAUCUACCAAGAAUAUGUUUCAGGCUGGUGUAUAUGCAUUUGGAAUCCUUGUGUUUUCAUUCAGCGGUGUGUAUCCCUACAUCAAGUUGGCGGCCAUUAUUGUGUGUACGCUUAUUCUAGAGAAACCAGACCUGGUUCUCUUGAGAGUUAUUGACUACUUUGGUAAGUUUUCCUUCCUUGAUUCAUAUGCCAUGCUUGUUAUGUCGGCAGGACUGCAGAUAGAGGGAAUUGCAGAAGUUGAGAUUCUUCCUGGGUUUUACGCGUUUCUCUCAUCAACGAUUCUGUCUAUUCUCGUUGGCAACUACGCCACAACAGUGUGGCGUCGCAAUACAUCGCUUCGUGUGAAUUCUAAAACGAAAGGACCAUUCGAUCCUGAGACACCCGAAGUUGUUGAGGGAAAAGAAGAGGAAGAAGAAGAAGGGGAAAACCAAGAGAUCAAGCGAAAGAAAGAUACCAAUUGGAAAAAACGUUUAUUUCUUCGAAUAUUCAAUUUUGUCUUUAUCGCUGGGUGUCUAAUACCUGCAUGGGCUCUCCCCUGUAUCCGCUACAGUGUGACGGGUUUGGCGUCUGUGGUUCAGCCUGAUGACCGAGAGAUAAGUUUGUUGGAGCUUGGCGAGACAAACUGGUUCUUUUUACUCACAUGUAUUCUUACCAUUGGCAUCGCCCCCAUUGCCUAUGGCGUCAUGUACCCUCGCUGUUCCUUUUUUGCGUCCUGGAGCGCAGCUGACGCACUUCUGUUGGCGUGUGUUGCUGGUCUGCUGCAGAUUGGGCAGUUUGUGGACUACAUGCUUGGGAGUAACAUGGGAGCUCUCUACGGGGCGCGUGCAAAUCUACUGUGGCCGCUGCUGCUGCUGCUCCUUGGAUCCAUGUGGCAGUGGCUGCUUGCGGCGGAGCACAGCUUUGGUCUCAAAGAGCGUGUUGGCCGCUGUAUCGCUCGGCGGAAGCAUUCUCUGCCUGCUGAGGCUUGA